GUCAUAUCCGUUCGAGCUAACAUGUUUAUUGUUAUAUUUUUCUGUCUCAGCAAUGUGUUAAGUUUCUCAAACGGAAUCGCGUAUGACUCAUUCAAUGGAACUCCGAUAAGCAAAGAUGAAGUUUUGCGACAUAUCAGGGAUAAUACAACGUUUUGGUGUAUGAUUGAUAUUGAACCCUGCGAUCCCAACGAAUGGAGACGUCUCGAUGGGUCGUGCAAUAAUCUGCGAAAUCCUGCCAGAGGGGCUAUUCACACGCCCGUUAGUAGGAUUCUACCACCUUCUUAUGACGAAAAUUAUGAACCAAGAAAGUCGAAAACCGGUAAAUUACCGCUUGUAAGGAAACUGCGAACGACUUUAUUGUCAGAAGGCCAAGUGCCUGAUCAGGUAUUUUCUAUACUAGCAACAUAUUACUUAAUCUUCAUUGCAACUGACAUCUCUAAUCUACAUGACACAGUGAACUACAUUUUGUGGACCCCACAUUGCUGUACUCCUAAAGGCAAACACGACCACAUGUGUGCACCUAUAGAAGUACCACCUGAUGACCCCGUCCAUCGGUAUUCUGGCAUCCGUUGCUUGAACCUGACUAAACCAUUGACGUUCCAAGAAUUGGGUUGCCGUCAGAAAAAUACACCUCCUGAGCGGAUACAGUCAGCCACGCCCUUAUUUGACAUGUCCACUGUGUAUGGAAACUCUUUGGAUAAAGCUCUGGAAGGAAGAAAAUUUGAAGGUGGCUUGUUGAAGUAUGAAGAAGAGGAUGGCAGAGUGUGGCCACCAAGGGAUGUUAAUGAAACUAACUGCUUUAUGAACCGCAAACCGAAAGAAUCGAGAUGCCAUAAGACACCGUCAGACGAAGUUAACACCCUCAUAACUAUCAACAUGAUGUCCGUUUGGUUCUGGAGACAUCACAACCACAUAGCCAACAGACUCGCCAAGCUGAACCCAUGUUGGGACGAUGAGAAACUAUUCUACACUGCUAGAGAUAUUAACAUAGCCGUUGAGAUGCAAAUCUUCUUAUAUGAACUGUUACCUUUGAUGGCAGGAUAUGACAAUCUCAUUAGAGAUGGUGUGAUAGUUUACGAUGGCUUUAGAGAUAUCUACAAUGAAGCGUACAUACCACAAAUGUCAAUGGAGUUCCCACUAGCCUUGCGAUGGGCACACACUAUGCAAGAAGGGAAUUUGAAGAUGUACAACCCACAUGGUGAUUAUUUGAAAAAGGUGCCGUUAGUCGACCUUACAAUAAGGACAGGUUACUUGGCAGUGGAUAAUAACAUUGAUUACUUAACCCAAGGAACGUUUAGACAACCAAGUGCUAAGGUUGGAGACAAUAUUGUGGAUCCUGAUACUUUGGAGAAGCUAUCAGAUAUCUACGACUCUGUAGAAGACAUAGAUCUUCUAGCAGCGAUGUGGGUAGAGAAGCCAAUACCUGGUGGACACGUGCCUAGAAUGUUUUACUCCAUUCUCGCUGAACAGUUGCUGCGAACUAUGAAAUCUGAUAGACAUUGGUAUGAGAGACCAAACAGACCACAUGCUUUUACUUUUGAACAACUACAAGAAAUAAGGAAGAUGACGGUAGCAAGGUUCAUGUGUGACGUCGGUGAUACUGUGACCGCAAUACAGCCGAGAGCAUUCCAGAGAAUUGGACCUGGGAAUGAACUAGUAAGCUGUGACUUUAUACCAGACAUGGAUAUAACAGCAUGGAAGGACCAUACUUGUAGUGAGAGCUGGAAUUUCCACCGACCCAGUUAUUAAUUUAAACUUCAACAAUAUUAGAA